CUGGCAAAUCCAUGACGUCACGCAUAUUGUCGUUGCCAUAACAACGUGUAAACAACAAAGCUAUUGCGCGUGACAAUCAAGUCGGUUAUUUAAUUAUUUUACCGUCGCUAUAACGUUACAAUUAUCGUUAUGGAUUUUUCCGAGGGCAGUGUUGUGGACAGAACGAGCGCGGUCAGACGAACUGACGCCCCACGACCCGUGUCUAGGAGAGGCUAUCGAGAAUAUACCAAUACCGGGUCUGCGGUGUCCAGAAGCGGCAGCAUGAGACCUACUUCUGCGUACCGGGGUAGCACGGCGUCUCGUCUCUCGACUGCUGGCUUUGGACCCGCACCGCCUACUGCUAGCCGACAGCCAACUGCCAUGACUGGAUUCUCUAUGAUCGAUAGGCCAAUAACCCAACAAGGCAUAUCAGGACUUCGCACAGGAACUGCACGAGGAUUCCGAACGCGACAGCUGCAAGAUAAAAGAUACUGGGAAGAGCUGAUGCAGGUCAAGGUGCGUGAGAUCAAGGCGGAGAUAGCUCGACUAAGCGAUAAAGUUGAGUCGGGAGAAAGAGAAAAAUCAGCUAAGAAACAUUAUGAAAAACGAGUACGGGAACUUGCGCAAGAAUUGACUGAUCUACAAGGACGAUUAUCAGACUAUAAUACAGCCAUUCGUAUUACUAACGGAGAAGCAUCUAAGCAAUCCGUGGAAGAACAAACAAGAGAAUUAGAAGUUAGUAACAAAAAGUUGCAGGAAGAAGUCGAACAAGUAUUUUUAGAGAAACAAAGGAAAGAGAGCCAACUAAGGCAAUUAAGGGAACAAAUGGAUAAGGAACGAUCAACAAUAUCAGUACUACUAUCAGAAAUGACGCCGGAGCAAAGGCAACAAUAUAACGAACUUGAAGCUACUGCGGUAUCUUUAAGAGAAGAAGCAGAACAAGCUAGAUCACAAAUCGAUCAUCUAAGUAAGGAGAAAGAAGAAUUUAACAGAGAGAUUUCCAUGUCUCAGAUAAAGGUGCACUUAUUGGAUUUACAUCGACGAUUGGCGACUGCUGAGGAGAAACGUGACAGUCUUAAGAAUGAAAUAAAUAAUCGCUUAGAUCCACAAGAGGAACGAGAGAAAUUGUUACAACAGGUUCGAGAAGACAAUGCUGCGAUUGCUUCACUAGAUAGUAAUGCAGCAAACUUAAAACAGCAAAUAGCUAAAAUUCAAGAGUUGAUAGAAGAGGCCGAGCAGGAUCUCGAAGAAGGUAAUUCCGAACGUCAUCAAAAAUAUAGAGAAUUGAAGAAACGAGAAGAAACAAUGGACGCAUUUUUGUCCACAUACGAAGAGAAUCUUGCAAAAGAAAAAGAUAAAAUCGAUCAACUAGAGAAAGAUAUUGUAUUCGCAUUAGAACAUAGCAGCUCCAAUAUCGACUUAGAUCUGAGCGAGAUAGAUUCAUUGAAGAAAAGAGAUGGGUAUACUAUGGCAUACGAUGAAAGUAAAAAAUCUGUGGAGACCUUGAUGAAGGAUUAUGAGAGAUUUCAAACUAAUCUAAAGAAAGUAGAAGCUACUCGCGAACGUUUGUUAGCAGAACUACUUACGUUACCUGAAAAAACAAGAGUAAUGGAAGAAGAACUUGUGACGCUUUCUGAUCUUGAAAAACUGCGAGACGAAGGCGAAAUACAGAAAAAGGAAUUACAAAAUGAGCUGCAAGUUUUAAAGGAAAAACUAACGCCUACUGAAAGCGCAGUUUUAGAAGCAGCUAAUAAACUGAAGAAAAUUCAGGCGGCGUUAGAUGGAAAUGAGAUGUAUUCAAAACUCAACAGUUUAGAAGACCAAGUGGCCAAUCUUGAAAAUAGGAAGAGUAUUUUAGAAGAGGAUAUAGCGUCGAUUACUCUUAAAGCUGAUUAUGAACCAAUUAAGAAGGAAGCCUUGGAAGUAUUAGAGCAACUGAAUCAGAAAAUAAUAGAAGACCUAAAUAGUACUAAAGCUUAUUGAUAUUAUUUGAUGAACAAAUAAACGCGUUUACACAUCA